AUGAAGCACGAACAGAACGAAGAGGCUGAAGCCUUCCUCGACCAGCCGGAAGAUGGUCAUCAUACUCCGAGCAUCACAACCCGGAAGAGAAGCCCAUGGGCACGGUCCUGGUCGUACAUCCGGAUAACCCUCGAGGUUGCAAUGGUAGCCACCAUAUUCUUCCUCCUCUUCUUCCGCGCACCUCCAUCCAGGACUAUUCGCAGGUCGCCUGUGCCCGACUUCCCACGCAAGAUCUACACUUUCCACAACGACCCCAAAUACACCCGGGAAGACAUGUUCUUGAACGAAACCACAACCCUCCAUACCCUCCACAACUGGAUCCCACUCUCUUCCGACUCGCGUGGAUACGUCGUCAUCCCAGACCUCGAUGGGCCCUACGACCUACCCGAACCGCACACCAUCGCAGUCGACCGCCACAACGAUGGUCCUGGUUUCAUGAUGUCCGUGUUCCACCAGCUGCACUGCCUAUCCUAUUUAGCCGAGUACUACCAGCGCGGUUACGGAGGCCAUGAAUUGACGGAAGAGGUGGCACAUCAUACAGCACACUGCUUCAACUACAUCAGGCAGGGUAUUACGUGCAACGCAGAUGUGACUUUGGAAGGAAAGACAGAUUUGGGGCCGGGAGAGGGUAGUGAGCAUGAGUGUGUGGACUAUGAUGCAUUGUUGGAGUGGGCGAAUAAGCAUGCAGCGUUUAGGUGGAGGAACGGGUUGCUGCCAGAAGACUCGGUGCUUUGA